UAUAUUCACGAGCUCACUUUUUGAAUAAAGUUAACCGUUAAUUUACCUUAACUGUUACAGUUGACACUGACAGUGAACACAAGUAGCUACAUUUAUUAAGAGAUGGCACGUCAACGAGGAUCAAACUUUUCCACAUUUGAAAAGAUGUUGCUGUCGGAAUUGAUGGAGGACUUUGGUAUUAUAAUUGAGGAUAAAAAGACUGACAGCGUUACGCUGGAAAAAAAGGAGGAGACCUGGGUCAUGUUAGCGGAGCGCUUCAAUGGCUCAACUGGCAUUAAGGAGGCGAGGGACAAGUCACAACUGAAAGCCUGCUGGAAGAACUUAAAGGCAAAGGCAAAAAAGGAUGCGGCAGAAGAGAGGAGGGGGAUGUUUAAAACUGGCGGAGGACCACCACCAAUGAUUACGGACCCUCUAUCGAAAAAAAUCAUUAAUAUGAUCCCGCAGCAGAUUUCCCCCCUCCCUAACCCAUACGACGAUGACGGCGCAUUAGAGAGGAAUACAGCGACAGAAAUUGAAACUGAAACUUUCAUUGUGCUCGACCUGAUUGAGCCACUGGAGCCGGAUGAUGGAAACCUGAGAGAAGAAGCAGCAUCACCAGUGAAUGCCCCUGCUGAAAAGCGCUCUAAGCUUGGCUGUCACCGGGAACUUCUGAGAUUGGAGACAGAAAGAUGCAUGCUUGACAUCGAAAAUGCCCAUAUAAAAAAAGAAGUCCUUUUGCUUCAGAAAGAGGUCCUAUCGCUUCAGAAGCAAAAGCUACUCGACAUAUGCGAGCCGCAACUAUAAUUUGUAAUUAAUGAAGUAGCCUAGUAAUUAAGUGAAUCGAUUCUGAAACUGUGAUAUCAUUAACGUAUUUAUUUUUGAAUAAGCAAUUGCCUUCCCCCCUGUAUUGUGUUAUAUUUGUAUGAUAAAAUGUUUCUUUCAAUUCAAUUGCCAGUCUCCUUGUCUUGAUUUUCUGGUGAGUUCU